UUGAAAUCAGUGCAACGGUGGCUCUUGAACGGUAAUGUUGACUUAGCGGUAAAAAGAAGCAGGUAACCAACCACCUCAGUAGUGAACGUAGGAGUUAAUAAGUGUUGUUCAGUGCAGUUGUUACAGAGUUGCUUAAAGUUGGCGAUUUCAUGUGUUUUUAAAUAAAAAGUUCAAAUUAAUAAAAAAUCAAACAAAUUUCAGACGUGAGAAGACUUUUUUAAUCGCAACUAAAUAUAAUAAAUGCAGUGAGUUGCAUACAAAUCGGUGAACAAAUAAUAUUGGAAGCAGCAAAGCCGGCAAAACAUUAAUAAAGCCAGUCAGAAAAUUGGCGAUUGACACCGAAAACAACAAACAGCAAAAUGCUACCGCUUCCGCGAGGAGCGGUUUGGCAAAGCCUCUUUCUGUUAUGUGCGGUGCAUUUUAUUAAUGAAGUCCGCUCGGAAGGCAGAGUUGUUUGCUACUACACAAAUUGGAGUGUCUACAGACCAGGCACAGCGAAAUUCAAUCCACAGAACAUCAAUCCAUACUUGUGUACACAUUUGGUGUACGCUUUUGGUGGAUUUACAAAGGACAAUCAGAUGAAGCCGUUCGACAAGUACCAAGACAUUGAACAGGGCGGCUAUGCCAAGUUUACCGGACUUAAAUCGUACAACAAGCAAUUGAAAACAAUGAUUGCCAUUGGUGGCUGGAAUGAGGCCUCCUCACGCUUCUCCCCGCUUAUGGCGAACCCAGAGAGACGUCAACAAUUCAUUAAGAACAUUUUAAAAUUCCUGCGCCAGAAUCAUUUUGACGGCAUCGAUCUAGAUUGGGAGUAUCCGGCGCAGCGUGAGGGUGGCAAGCAGCGCGACCGCGAUAAUUAUGCCCAGUUUGUGCAAGAGUUGCGCGCCGAGUUCGAGCGUGAGUCGGAGAAGACCGGACGUCCACGUCUGUUGUUGACAAUGGCCGUGCCAGCGGGCAUCGAGAACAUCGAAAAGGGUUACGAUAUACCAAAACUAAACAAAUACCUCGACUGGUUCAACGUGCUCACAUAUGAUUUUCAUUCAUCGCACGAACCAUCGGCUAAUCAUCAUGCUCCAUUGUAUUCGCUGGAGGAAGAGUCCGAAUACAAUUAUGAUGCCGAGUUGAAUAUUGACUAUUCCAUAAAAUUUUAUUUGAAAGCUGGCGCUGACCGCGACAAAUUGGUGUUGGGAAUACCCACCUAUGGACGUUCAUACACGCUCAUCAAUGAAGAGAGCACAGAUAUUGGAGCGCCAUCGGAGGGGCCGGGUGAACAGGGUGAUGCUACCCGUGAGAAGGGAUACUUAGCGUACUAUGAGAUAUGCCAAAAUCUGAAAGAGGAUCCUGAAUGGACCGUUGUGCAACCAAAUCCGAACGCGUUGGGACCUUACGCCUACAGACGCAACCAAUGGGUUGGCUACGAUGAUGAAGCCAUUGUACGCAAGAAAGCUCAAUAUGUCGUCGAAAACGGCCUAGGCGGUAUAAUGUUUUGGGCCAUAGACAACGAUGAUUUCCGUGGCACUUGCAGCGGCAAACCAUAUCCACUGAUAGAAGCGGCCAAAGAAUCGAUGUUAGAGAGCUUGGGACUUGGAAUUAACGAAGUCGCCAAACCAAACGUGCCCAAGAAGCCUUCACGUUCGCGCAGUCGUGAAAAUUCAUCUUCGAAACUCAACCGGAUUGGUGGCAACAGCGAUGGUAAAGGCUCCUCCAGUCGCACAACCUUGAGUAGUGGACGGCGACGAACGCAGUCAGCGACCUCCACUACUACAACACGUGUGCCUGAGACCACAAUACGACUCACCAAUGCAGAAGGUUCCUCAUUGUAUAUUGGCGGUCGUGUUACAACGCCAGCACCACCGACCACACCAGAUCCUGGAGCUGAUUUCAAAUGCGAAGAGGAAGGGUUCUUUCAACAUCCGCGCGAUUGCAAGAAAUACUAUUGGUGUCUGGACAGUGGACCGUCUGGCUUAGGCAUUGUGGGCCAUCAAUUUACCUGUCCCUCUGGCCUAUAUUUUAAUCCCGCAGCCGACUCGUGUGAUUUUGCGCGCAAUGUACCCUGCAAAACCAAAAAAACCACGACCGCGGCACCUAUCAGCAGUACUACUACAACAACCCCCACGCCCCGUCCCACAGCUUCCCUGAAUCGAAUCACGUCUGCUACUUCACGCACAUCUUUCUUUAGAACUACUUCAACCACUACCUCGACCACUUCAUCUCCCAUAGAAUAUGAAGACGAAGAGGAAGAAUUGGGAGAGGAUUUGCCUACUCAUUUUAAAGAAAAAGAUGCUGAAGAAGAUCCACAGGUCAUAAAAGAGCUCAUCGAGCUGAUUCGCAAGGUAGGUGGAAUUGAGGAGCUGGAAAAACAUUUGCUACGUAAGGAUGAUGGCACAAUAUCAAUUAAAAGCAGCUCCAGUGAAUCGAAUGCGGCCACGACUCAAUCGCCGAUUAGCAAAGAUCUCUACGACAAAGUACUUAGCAAACCCAAUACCUACAAUUCGUUCCGUAAUCGCUUCACAUCGUCGUCACUGUUUCGAAAGUCAGGUCAGACGAAUAAACAGGAAGAAGCAAACUCCAAAUUUGAAAGUGAUGAAUCACAAUCUAGUGAAGGCACCAGUAGUAGUAGUUUUUCAAAAUAUUCUUCUGUUGUGCGUGGCAACAGCAGGCAGGGUCCCCAAAAUGAGGGUCUAGACAAAUUGUCGGAUUUCGAUGGCUUCCUAAAAGAAAAGAAACAAUAUGUUACAAUUAAUAGAAAUAGAGGCUCAUUUAGAGGACAAGAGGAUGAAGGUGAAGUAGAAGAAAAACCAGGCGCAGAGCGUGAAAGCAAAGAUGAUGAAGAGGAGGAGUUGAACAUUAAAGAUAAAACUACAAGGCGACCGACGAAUACAGUGACACCCUCGUAUGGGAGCAUACGACGUGCGCGACCAUCGACGGUGCGAACCGAAACAGAAGAGGAAUCUGUUAGCGACGAAGAAGUGAGAACUAAUGAGCAAAAAGAAGAUAAGCGAACAUACAGUACAUUUAGUCGGAAUCGCGGCAGGUAUACAACUACUGAAAGCAACCUAGGACCUGAGGAAGUUGAAACUAAUUCAAAGAAGUACAACUAUCUGGAACGUGCACGCCUUCCAAGUAGACUUCACAAUUCGUUUACCGGCCGGGGCGAGGAAAGUCCAUCCGCAAGCGACGACGAUGAGGAUCAAGAGGAAGAACAAAAUGUAACGGUACAAUUAAAUGGGACAGCAAAUGAUUCCACACAAACCUCAACACAAAGCACAACACGCAUCUACGCGAGUAUAGGUCGUCGUACCACGACUACAACAACAGAUACUCCAACCACCCAAGAAACUCCAACUAAAUACAAUUUAUUAGAAAACACGUUUAACAACGAAACACCUGAACCAAAUUUACCUAUUACUACCACUGCCACAACAGCAAAAGACUCACCCACUCUAUCAAUAACCAUCAAAAAUACUAAUCCCGAUAUCAUGCCCAUUGUAACCACAACCGCCACAUCCACAUCCACAUCCAAUCCUACCAUUUCCACUACAACUGCUUCCGCAGCCACAACUACAUCAACCACAUCAAACGAUAUUGAUCUUAACGAUUCCGUACCCACAAUAACCACUCUUUCACCAAACUUUGAGCAAGAAUCAAAAGAGCCUUCACUCCUUUCACUUGAUGUCAAUCCCCUUAUUGAAAAAUCCGCCUCUAAGUCAAAUCCAACGACCGCAAGUGCUACUGAAAAAAAAGGAAAUCAACAGCCACCACUACAACGACUGACACUGACCAACCCCCCCACCGUCGACGAGGUAACGAAUUUAAGCAAUAAUCGCUCAAAGACACAAUAUAAGUACACAACAAGAACACGAAAUGUAACAAUACCAACAACAACCAAAACCAACACUGACUCAGACAACAUAGAUGAUGAAAAUCAUAUUAACAGCACAAACAACAAGAAAAACUACAAAAUUUCAAGUGAAACAAAGAAAACUAGUCUGAAAGCGGGUAGUAGUAGUAGUACGAAUGAUAAGCUAAGUAGUAGUAAUAGAGGUAAUACCGUUAAAUACUCUGGUGGUAGAAGACAACAACAAUUGAACGAGUUACUAACUCGCAAAAAUCAAAUCCAAAAUCAACAGACGGAUCCCACAACGGAUUCCUCAACCAUCAUAACUACUACCGAAACAGCACCCACUAACGAGUUCCUGGGGCAAAUAUCUAGUCCUAGACCUUUCGGUUUCCCCAGGCAUCGUACGCGCCCGAACAGUUCCAAUCCAACAAAUACCGACGAAAUUAAGUCCACCACUGAGACGGCAAGUGCUUCCAAAAAUAAGGUGAGUUCCAAUUCAGAUGUGUUGCAAGUACAAAAAGGAUUGGAAACAAAUGAAGAGGGCAGCACUACGCGCACCCACACAAAAACAAAAAUGCACACCCACACGCAUGUAGUAGAUGAAGUAGACGGUGUUAGUGGUAUAAGUAGAAACACAAGUAGUCUAAAGCAUGUUGUAGAUAGAAAUUAUAGAUUAAGUAUAAACGAAUCACUUUCAGCAGAACAGAGUGACAUUAGAGCGAAUGCAUCCAGUGAGGUAAAGAGUUCGAAAUUCGAAGGCAAUGCCGAACAACUCUCUAAUAGAACUAGUGACAGCCAAAUUUACGUUAAAGUUACACAGCCGAAUACGUUUUCUACAAAUUCCAAAGACGAGACGUUCAAGACAAGUAAGUAUCGCGGUAAAAGUUUGACGACAGAGAAUGGGUCAGAGGAAAAUGGCGUUUCAAAAGUGGCGGACGGGAAGACAAAUUUCCGUAGCCGAGGUUUGAAAAUGCUUAGCGAUGAAGAAGCCAUGGAGACAAACGGUGAGCAAAAUUUGGGUGUAAAAAUAGAAACAAAAGAAAUUACUGAAAUUGCCAGCUUCAACCGCGCUCAGUCUACAAAUACUACACUCAUCAAAGACACAGAUUCCGAACUGCCUCCUCAAUUCAAUAGAACCAUGAUGGAAACCAUAACGGAUGAAGGUAACGGCGAGUUGAAAAUCCAAAGAACUUAUACCACAAUCACCAGGAAUGCAGAUAGCUUGGAGCAAGAAAAUUCGAUUGCUGCUGGAGAUUCUAAUUUUGCAACCGGAAGUGCAUUCGUAUCCUCCAACGACAUCCAAAACACAACCACUGUCGAAACACGAGAUGAUGGCAGCGUAAUUCGUACAACAACUUAUCACAUAACUAAUACAAGUGAAAAUGGCACAGUUAUAACGACGACAGUCGAAGAGACAACAAUAACUAGAACAAAAGUAGAAAGCCUCAAUGUGGGUAGUAAUGUGUAUAGUGGAGAUCGCCACAAAUAUCAAACAAUAACACGUCGUACAGAGGGUCAUGAUCCAUCCACUGAAAACAUCCGUUACAAAGCCAUUGUGCGGGGCAACGAAGGUGUACACUUAAGCGAAGAUAAGUCUUCCUCAUUCUUCCGAAAUAUUGCAGAAGUUGCAAAGCAAGCGGAAAAAAAAUCUGAAAGCAUGUACCAGGGUAUCUCACGUGGUGGUCACUUACCGCAAUCUUUUCGUGAAAGCACCUCGGGACAAGUUACAGGGAUCGAGGACAAAAAAUUCGAAAGCAGAUCGGCUAUUAACCAAGAUUACUCAACUUUACAGACGUCAAACCAACGCGAAAACAGCCGCUUCACUGACAAAACGAGUAAAGAUUCCACUGGUGAGUGGGUUGGUGACAAUCUGUCAAAAUCACAAACGAGCUCCCAAGAAAUAAAUAAGCUUAAGGUGACAAAUAGUGUAGCUGCCACAAAUGGGUCUGCUGCAGCUCUAAAUAACAAAACUGCGACCCUUGAGGGCGCAAUGGAAGCUGAGAAUAUCGCGGCGGAAAUUUUUGACGCAGAAAUAAGCUUAACAGGACCAAAUUUAAAAAAUAUUUCCGCAGAAAUCUCAGUUUUUGAAACAAAUUCGAAAACCGAAAGAUAUUUCCCAAACAACCCCACAGAUCUUGAUUAUACUACUAUUUCUGUGGAAUUAACUACUAAUAUUCCAGAAGUUAGUGAAACAACUCUGUCCUCCACAGAGCACACUGAACAGCAAGUCAUAAAGAAGAAUUCAACUGAAAUAAAAUUUACAGUUCGAAAUAGACCUACUCCCAUCAAACCGCAUUCACCAGCACACACUGUCACCAGUACAACCUCUCGGAAAGGAACAACAGACAUCACCGAAGAUAGCUCCAUCGAAAAGCACCAGAAGGUACGAAGAAAACCAACUAUAAUCACUGCACCAGAAAUUACCGCCGCCAGUAAAGCUGCAAUAUCCUCAGAAAUGGGAAAAAUGUCUAACAAACAAGUUUUUACACGUUAUAAGGCUCUCUCAUCAUCCGAAAACGUAGAGAAAAACUCGACUGAAGUAAGAUUCAAAGUUCGCGGCAAACCAACUACAACUACAGAACCAGAGGUUACAGACUUCCCAGGAUUGAGUGAAACUAUAUUAUCAUCCUCCUCUGAAUCCGGUGAGAUUUCUAGUAAACGAAACGUUACACGUUACAGAACUGGUAUAACAACCGACGACAUCCAGAACUAUACAAUUAAAGCAAAGUCUAAAAUUCAAGGUGCAACCACUACAACCUUCAGGCCAGAAAUCAUUACCUUGGCAGAAACAAGUAGAACUAAAAGUCGAAGCAGACCCACUACAAUUGCAACUACAGCACCAAUUACGACCACUGAGGCUGCAUCGAAUGAUGAGAACUCGAAACUUCAACGUGAUCAAACUACAACCGUUAUACCGGAAACUACUGACGUCCCAGAUACAACCGAUAUCCCGCUGGAAUCGACUUCCGAAUCCAGCACAAUCGCGAAUAAACGAACCUUUUCUAGUAAACAUGGCGGAAUAUCCUCUGAAAUCGUAGAUGCAAACUUCAGUGAAGAGAUGACUACCAUUCCAGUUAGACUAACUACAACUACUGCACCAGAACUCACCACUCUCCCGGAAAUAGCGGAAACUACUAUAUUGUCGGCCGAAGUUCUAAAGCUCUCAACGACUGAAGCAACAUCAACCGACUAUCCAGAAACGACGGAAAGAAUUAUGGCUGGCUCUUCUGAAUCAAGUGAAAACUUUAACAACAGUAACUUCAAAAGUAACAGAGUAACAACGCCGUCUGAAUUUGAGGAGGAUAAGAUGACUAAAUCUAACUUUAAACAUCGUAAAACUAGUGCUUCCACUGUUAUUAAUGAUGAUGCCGUAUCACACACCUCAGCUAUCAGUCACCGAAACUUGGUGCAAUAUAAAGAUGAAACUUCAUCCGAAAAUGUGAAGAAAAUCAGUGCUGGUGUAAAGUCCAAAGUUAGAGACACAACCGAAAGUUCAUUCUCAUUUAUACCCGAUACAACCACCUCCGGGCCAAGUUUCGAGAUUCGCCAGGGUAGCACAUCGACUGAGGCACCAGAGGAUAAGUUUAUUCAAACAACACCUAUGGAUAAAGAAACAUCAUCAACAAUAGUAGCUCCAGUUACUACGGACACUCCAGAAAAAAAACAAUUCCGUUACCAGCGAGUAUUUUUGACUCAACUACAAACGACGUUCGUUUUUUUUGAAAAUAUAACCACUAAAGCCCCAGAAAUAGCUCACAGCACCGGAAGCCAAGGUGUAACUUCCACUCCUGAGCAAACGACAACGGAAAGCAUAACCACGGCAGCCACCCCAAAGAGAAAUACGUCACAACAAGAAAAUGACGUGACAAAGCACACCUUUCACAAAACGUCUUUCAUCAAGACAAAAAUACUUAACAAAGUUUCGAAUGCAAUGACAGCAAGUGUCGGUGGAGCAGAGUUGCCUACAAGUGAGCCCAAAUUUAAAAAUAAGGCUCAGACUACACACGAGUAUGUACUAAAAAAUAGUGCUGAGGCUACAUCCACAUCUUUGCAUGGAUUUGCUCGAAAUAAAUUACGGGUAGCGGUAAAGCGGGAACAGAUAUUGCACAGCUCACAAGAAACAUCAUUAGAAAAUAUAAGUAGACAAUCCAGUGGCAAUAGCAAAGAUGAAAUCCAUAACAGCUCAACAACUGAAACUCCACACCGACGCACUACUCAUCGGGGUACCUACCGUCCAAGUAUGGAUAAGGAUGACUUGUCCUCCUUACUAUCUGUGGACGUAAAUAAACAUCGAUCUUAUAAUCGAACCCAAUACAACCUCGGAAAGGGAAUAGACGUGGAUGGUGUAAAUAAAGGAAGAGAAAAUGCCGAUUCGUCAAGUGAGCUUAGGCUCCGACAAUCGAAUGCCUCACAGCAGGAAACAAUCAACUUUGACUCACAUGUGAAGGUAGAGGCUCAAAAUGUGGACCAGGACUUGAAGUCAACAAAUGCAAGUGAGCACAUCAGAAGUCGUUCGAAUACGGGAAAUCGAAAAACUACUGUAAUUAGAAGAAGAAUAAAUAGCAGUCGAAAUGCUGUCAAAAUAGCCAAGGAGACAAUUGGAGUAAAUGGAGGUGAAGUAAGCCUUAAUUUAGGCAAAAAAGAGAGGACUAUAGCCACUUCCGGGUUAAAUUCAACUAAAACUUCUGCUACAGUGCAAGACUUAAAUCAUAAAGGAACUACUAAAAACGCGGCGGCUACUUUUACCUCUGAAGAGGUAGGAAACUCUGCCGAAAAUGGAUCUGAUCAGUCUGGUUCGAAGUCAGCAAAGCAAGCAGAUAGUAUAUUAACAGCGAGUGAGUCAGAAAAAGUUGACAUAGGAACGGAUGAAAGUUCUUUAAGCGAAAAUGGCAAAGGAAGAAGCAAAGACGGCCCAAAGAUCGAUGAGAAUAUUUCCGAAAAUGAUUCAUCAACAAAAGAAUCAUUAAUAGCAAGCUCUUCUAGCUACAAAGGAAGAGAUGCGAAGUUAGAUAUUUCUGCUCAAAGUAAUCAAAGCAGCACAACCUCCAAUACGGAAUCCACAUCGAAUUCAAAACGUCUCAGCACAGUUUCGAAAAAUUUAAAAAUAGUUGGAACUGACAUUAAUUCAACAUUGCAGGUCGCAACGGAAACUUGGAAUGCUGAGAAUACAGAAAGAAAUUCGACAGAAGCCUCUAAAUUUCCCGCAAAAGAAAUUAGUUCAGAUCAAUCAUACGAUACAAGUAACGGUAGUUUAACAAGGAACCGAACUUCUCUCAAACCAUAUAGCACACGUGCUAGAUAUGGCGCGCGUGCGCAGUACUCGAAUCAAGGCAGACUCAAAGCCGCAAACCGUGUUGGUAGUUCGGAAAGAGUUUCUGCUACCAAUGUAAUAGAAGAAAAUGGUGUCAUAAAAACUGGAACGCGUACCUAUAAUACAGCUGAUAAUGCGAAACAGAAGACCUUUAAACGUGUGCACACCAAAACGGUACAAAAAACUGAACCUGAAUAUGAGUAUGUAUAUGAGGUCGUAACUGAGAAGAUACCGGCCAGUACACCACGACCUGUAACACGAAACCGUGGUGGUGUACGCUUCCGAGAUGCGGAUUUAUCUUCACUUCUUUCACUAGAUUUUGCGCCGAAAUCAAGACGAAAGCAAGACAGUGAAAAGACGAUCGUCAAGACAAGAAGAAAAGUAAUUAGAAAACCACCUACUGUGAUGGAAAAUGACAAUGUUGAGGAAUAUGAAUAUGAAGAAAGAACCAGACCACCACGACCAACCACAACGAAUGAAGCUACUCCAAUUACGCGUCGGACACGACCUACAAGGCCAUUGCGACCGACAACAACAACAUCGCAAAGUGUUAGUGUGAUAGAAGGAGAGGAAGAAGUGCAACUGGAAGCGAUAACUACGGCGCCAAAACAAAUAACCAGAAUAGAGGUUUCUUUAAAGAGGCCACGUUUUAGGGAAACAACAAAAACAACCACUGAGGUUCCCGAGACCACCGAAUCCGUAAAGACAACCACUGAGCAAGUGAUACAGACAACGCGAAAAGGUUUUGCAUUCAGAAGGCCGGUGGCAACAACCCAGGAACCAACUGGCACUACUGCAACAGCAAUUACGAAAGACAGUGGAGCAACAAUAAAGCCAGAGUUACGCCAAAGAGUAAUAAAUUUACAAAGGCCGGUGAACACAACGGAAGAAGAAAAGGUGAAAGACGAUAAGCUUGACCCUGAAACUGCCUCGAAGCAAUCCGUUGAAAUUAGUACACCGAAUUCUCACAUAACUAACAGUGAUGAAGACGCAAUUGCGACAACCACACUGACUCCACUUGAAGCAACUACGUCGCAGACUACUAAAACUAUGCCUUCAACCACUACUGCUGAUGCUGUGACAAUGAUAACCACAGCGAGAUCUUCUGAAAUAACUUCGUCCCACAAUUCCAAAUCUGCGGAGGAUUCUUUUGAUAUUAUCAAGAAACAUAUCUCCAGCGCUAUGAGUACACUAAAUGAAAAUGGCGAAGGUAAUAGUUUCAGGAGUGGUACUACAACCUUAACAAAGACAACGCUUACAAAUGCAACUGCACAUAAUGACGAUGGUAAUCUCGCAACAAAUUUAGAAUCAGAAACGGGUGCUUCACUUGAGGAGUCGGUUUCGAAAUUGAAUAAUGAGCUCAGCGACAACGGUGAAGAUUCUUCCAUCUCAUUGCCAAUUUAUCACAGAAGGAAAUAUUACCAGUACUACAAAGAUUCGCCAGUGAUCUAUAUAGGCAAACCACAGCCACCUCUUUCGACACAAACCAGCUCUGUCGAUAUAAAGAAACAAAUACACGAAGUUUUUAAUAUAAGUAAUGACAGCAAUACAUCUGUUGCCUCUGAUGAGAGCAACACAAAUGAUGAGCAUUUUUUUAUUGAAAACCCCCGGGUCAAAGUAGAUGGGCACCUGGGGGCAAAAUCAAUCGGUUCAAAAUUUACAACAUCUGGAGAAGAAUUAAUUGAUGACCAAAACGCAAAAUCCGAAUUGGAACAAAUAUUUGCUGCAGGUAUUGUUCCAUCGACCAACAAGCAAGCCAAGGACGAAAUUGAUGAAAAGCGCAACGAAUCAUCACAUCGUGUUGGUAAAACCUUUAGAGAACAAAACUCCAAAAUUACAAAACUUUCGGCCCUUAACCCCGACUUAGAUUCUGCCCAAGCCAACCCCACUACUGAAACAAUAUUACAACAAGAAACACCGACUAUUAAAAUAACAAUACUUCCACAAGAUUCAGAUGAUCGAAACGAAGACUCACGCGCCUUGCGCAAUUAUACAAGAAUUACCACAUACGUACUACAACAGAAACCUCCAAAAAAAAGAGUUAUCAGCGCGCUAUAUCAAUUGCGAACCAAAUCUACUAUUGAAAACGAUACUAGUAAAACCAUAAAUGAGACUGAAGAGCAACAAUCAAAUAGGACACAGUCUGUGUCAGAAAAAGUAGAAGUGAUGCAAAAUGUUGAUGUCGAAAAUGAGAAGAAAACCACUAACCUAAAUGUUGUUAGUGCAACAAAUCGACGAAUUUUCAAUAGAUUUACUAAACCAACUCGUCGAUUUUCAACGAAAAGCCCAGCUGAUGAUCAAUUGAAGCAAGACUCCACAAACGAUGACCAAACUAUAUCCAGUCGUCCCUUUGCUAGAGUGAGUUCAACAAGAAAUUCAGCGGAUACCAUUACAAAUGAUCUCUCGGAGAGUACAACUAGACGCUCUUUAAAUUCUCUAAACUUAUUAGGAUAUAGAACAUCGACUGCUAAAACACCAGAUAAAAGCGAGUACAGUGAAAUAGAAUGGGAGAAAGACAAUACCGUAAAGACAACACGCAGGCCUUUGAUUACCUUGAACAGAUUUAAAGCUACAACAGAGAGAUACGCAAAAGAACAAGAAAGCAGCGAGGUAAACCCAACAGAAAAUACGAUUACAACAGCAACAAUAAGACGGACUUAUUCUGCAAUAAAUAGACUACCUCCCAAAUCCACUACGCCGAGAACAGAUUAUGAAAAUUCAACAGAGAGUUCAGAUGAGGAUAGCACUAGUAUUAAUCUAAGCACCGAACGCCGACCCAUACUUGCAGUAGACAGACUGCGGAGCACAACGGAAAAAACUGUGGAGUAUAAUCAAGCAACUCGUCGCCCCUAUGUGUCGCUUAUUCGUAAAGUGCCGACAACAUCAACCGAAAGUAACAAGGACGAGCUCGAAUUACUGAAUGGUAUUUCUACUACCGAAAGCUCACCAGAGAAUGUCCCCACACUAGCAUAUGCAACCACAAAUAGAUUUAAAAACAAAGUUUCCACUGAAAGUUUUAUCAAAUCUAGUAUUGACGAAGCAGAGAAAGGAGAAGAAAAAUAUGAACUGAGCGGAGAGUAUACAACAAAGCGUACUUAUUUGGCUUUGAAUCGUUUGCGCACAACCACCGAAAUAGUGGAAAGUGCUGAAUCGAGUCAAGGCGAUGUAACAGAAAUGGCUGAAUAUCACUCUGGUAUUCUCAAAGAAAGCGAGAUUGAGAUCGCUGAACAAAUAGCCAAGCACAGUAAUAGCUCAACCUUAGAUGCUGAUAUUGAAGAUACUACGAUGAGUGGAGAUAUAAAAGAACAAAAUGCAGAAAGCGUUAUCCUAACUGCUACAUCGCGCAGGCCUGCCAUAAUACCAAAGCGUAUUUACACCCCAACCACUCCAAACGCAAAAACCAAGGAAACUGAAAUAGAAGAGAGUGGUAAUACUAUUCACAAACGAAUACAAAGCAGCACCUAUUCAGGUGAAACACUAAGUACUACAGCUGGUGAAACCGCAGUUCGUGAAUUUACACUUAAACCGACUGUAAUCCGAAGACGUUUGAAUGCAACGAGUACAACGCUGGAAACAGAUCUAACUACCGAUGCCACAGAGAGUGUAAUUCUACCUACAACGCGUCGUGUUUAUGCGACUUUUACUAGAACGCAAUUGAGUACAACAACUAUAAUUCCAAAUGAGUCGUUAGAAAGUGAUGAAGACACUUCAGAUACGAUGAUGGAAGGUUUCACUUCUGCCACCAAACUUACUUCUGGGCAAACGAAUAGACACAGGGCGCUUUUGUCGCAAGAAGCGGCAAAUUCCGAGGUGAUAGAAAAUGACACUGGAGACACAACCCGUGCCCAAAGAAACUUCACGACUUCGAAAACUGCAGAUGUCAAGUUAAGCAGCGAUGCAGUUACGCAGGAUUCAACAACCACAGUUCGCAAUUUCAAUCGCUCGAUCCGCUUUCGUAUUACAACCGAGGCAAGUGCGGUGCCAAGCGAAAAAGAAACCACUGAAACGCCGGCAGAUUCAACGAUUCGCCGCGCGUUUAAAACAUUCGAUCGUUCAAGGACAACAACUUUAGCACCUACGGAAACGUUGACAACAAAACGCACUUUUAGUAUUUUUAGCCAAAAAGAACGGCCAACUACAACAAAGCGGCCCUUAACACCAGCAAUAAAUAGAAGUAUAUACCAAAAGCACGAAGAGAGAGAUUUGGGCGAAGAGGAAUACAGCGAGGAAUACGAUGUGCUGAUAACUUCGGAUAGGUCAACAUUCCAAAAGCCUCAGACCUUUACGAGGCAACAACUCGGUACACGAAGUCCAUUUACUCGACCCUUCACAGAAAUUACAGAAACGUAUGAUAAAUAUGAGGAUAGUGAGGACGAAGACGAUGAAAGUUCUGUAGAAACUAAUGACCGACCACAGUCACUAAGGCGACUACAAGUACCUAGACCUUCAAAUGAACUGCAGAGUAGUCUAAAAAACUUACGAAAUAGUGUAAAACAAAGUGAGACACGAAAUAAAAAUGGCGAGGGAGUAGUGAACCCGAGACCGCAAUCACUUUUUACUGUCAGGGCAAAGACUAUAGAAACAAUUAAUAAUAGAAGAACGAAAAUCAUUUUGAACGAUGACGAACUAGACAACAAGCAGGAAAUUGACAUUGAUGAAGAGGGCAAUAGCAAGAGAGUUGCCAGGCCUUAUGUGAAAAAUAGAGUACCUAGUUUGUCCGCAAGUCGUAGUAAUACUAAUCGUUUCGGCACCUUAGCAAAUUAUUUAAGUAAAUCUAAAUCUAACAACACUCAAAUAACCGAUGAUGUUAGUAGUAAUGUAGAUAAAGAAGCGGAACGUGAGGCUGAUAAUCUGAUUGAUAAACUUGAUUAUAAUGAUGAAGCUGAUGAUCGCAGCUAUAAUGAUAAGGGUAAUGAAGUUAAUUCUAACCGACGUUUUCAGAAAUAUCAAUACAACCGCUCAAGAUUAACAAGUACCACAACAACGACUACUGCUGCUCCUCCUACUGCCACGAAAGCACCAUCAAACCUAUUUUCAUCGAAGCAAUUGUACCAGUCGAGCAGGAAUAGAACAGCAACUACAACAACAAAUCAGGUAAAUGCGUUAGUAGAUGAAGGGGAUGAUGACAUUGAUGAUGAAUACAGCACAACCACAAUCACCGAAAGCACUCUGAGCUCUAGUCCAACUCCCACACUCAGACGGAUACGGGUUUUAAAGUACCGUCGUCCCAUCGGCGGCACAAAUACAAUUAGUAAUGCUACUUUAGUUAAUACUUUAAAUAGUGAUAGUAGUAAUUCCACAGUUUUUAGUGUUACUAAUACUACCAACACUGUUAGCCAUGGUUUAGAUACGCUCAACUCGAGCAGACAGAAAUUAAAUCGGACAAGAUUAGAACCUCUGAAUACCCAAGACUCAAAUGCAAAUGAAUCGCAAAGCGAAAGUCCAGUAAGUGCAGAUGUGGUACCCACUAAACGGUUCCGUAAAGUCAUACGCAAAUUAAUUCGGCCAGUUAAUCGCACUGUUGACGGCACUCCGGAAGUGCCAUUUACAGAUCAAUCGCGUGUUAAUGCCACGCGUUACGGUUCUAGACGUGGGAAUAGUUUCCGAGAACAUACGAUUGUUUCUGAGAAUGUGGGAAGUACGACCACUUCAUCGAAAAACUUUAGCUUAGAAAGUCUUAAUUCAAAUGUCACGUCGAACGACAGUAAUUUCAAUGCUUCUAGAACUAUUUUAUUUGGCAGAGGCAGUCGAGCUCGUUUCGGUAACCGCCUUAUAGCUAAUAGCAAUAGAGAACUGCCGAAAGUGGAUGAUGACGUUUCUGAAACGCACAAUGAAACAGAAACUGAAGAAGAUAACGUGAGUGUAACAACAAAUACGCCUUCAGUUAUUUCUACACUCUUAACAGAUAAAGACAGCAGCUCUAGCAAUAUUACAGUUGUAUUGACGCGCUUUAGUAGCACGACGAAGGGUGCCAUUGAAGAUGCACAAGCUGUUAAUGAAAACGAUAGUGAAGAUGAAAACGUAAAUGCCGAGGUAGAUGUGAAAGAUGAGGAUAAUGAGGAGGUGAGUGCAACAUCAUCCGCCUCCUCAGAAGAACAAGACACGGAUGUUCAACGUAGUCGGUUGAAUAAGCUUACCUUUACACGUAACAAUGCUGCACAAAUUACUCCAACGAAUUCUAAUGACGCUACAGUUCAAGAAAAACCACGACCCGAUGUUGCAUCGACACGUUUGAAAAAGCUAUUACCCGAUGACAAUACGGCAACCGCUAUAACCAGCAAUGAGCUGCAACAAAAUGAGAUCGGAAAAGCCGUUCAUGAUACUCAAACGAAGAGUAUAGCAUUCCGACGUCCAUUCAGUCUGAUUUCACAUACAAAAACUACACAAAACGAAAGUGAAAGCCACAGAGAAAUACUAGAAAAUGUAGAAGUAACAACGACCAAAGCUCCUUUUACUCGCCCAACGUUCCGCAGAAAAUUAAUCGCUAAACGCCCAUACGUCCCAGCGAAGGUUUCCGGUAUUACCAUUUCAACUAUAGUUCCGACUUCACCGAAACCAACAAGAAAGUUUGUGCGGCGCAAGUUCGGGCGCUUCCAUCCCUUCAAUGCCGUUAAUCGCAACAACGGCGAGGGUUUUGUCCGCAUAGAUCCACGAAGUCAACUGCUUCCAGGAACGAAGCGUUUCCGUCUUGAGAGCGGCAAGCGGGUACCUAUUCCAGAUACUGAAACUUUAGGAGAGGAUGACGAAUAUGAAGAGUACGAGGACGAAGAUGAAGAGGAAGAAGAGUCAACUCCGAAAACCGACCAAAAUAAAUCCCAAAAUCCCCUCUCACCUAUCUCAGUUAUUACUCUAAGACCAGUAACACGCCCGUCAAGUUUAUUCAAUAGAACAUCAACCACAUUGUUGCAACCGGUUAGGGACAAUGAAAAAGAAGUUGAAGAAGAAAAUGAAGAAGACGAAGAUGGUGAAGGGGAUAAGGAGGAAGAAGAAGAAGAAGAAGGCGAGGACGGAGAAGAUGGAGAAGAUACCUAUGUGGAUAACGAUGCACCAAAAGACACAACACCUAAGUUCAAUGCGCCCACAUACCGGCCCAAGGACAAUCGUGUUCCACCAGGUGCAAGACCCGUCCUACCUUCUUCAUCUACACCAUCAUCAUCUACAGGUAAAGUAUCUUUUAACGGAAGAGGACGCCAGCAACCUAAUCGCUUUGCCUCAAGCACCUCAGGUAAUCGUUUUGGUUCAUCUACGCCAGGUAAUGCGCGCACUACAAAUAGACCGCGCAUCGUGAACCGACCGCAAGGUGUGGCACCGCCAAGUCUGCCAGUUAAACCAAUUGCCACCACUUUUGAACGUACCACUCCGGUAAUCCCAACCAAACCGGCACCAUUUAUUCCAACCAACACACGUUCUUAUGAGCGAAAAUACACAGCCACCUCCACAGAAACACCGGAAACUAAUAGCGAUAACUCACUUAUUGAAGAUCUAAAUAUUGAAGCACUAAAUGCACGCAACAAAAAGAUAUUUGAUAUCAACAGCAAAAAACACACUACCCUUAAACCGAAAAUCGCCAUAACAGGCAGUAAACAAACACCAACAGAUCAAGAACAAGAUACACAAGAUCUUACCAAACAAAACACAGAAACUGAAAACGAUGAUGAAUACACCUCAGUUGUUGGCGGUAACGAAGGUUACAUAACCACAACGCCACGCACACCCGCCUCCGGCGACACGAACACCGAUUAUUAUAUCAAUGCUAAUGAAAUCUCUUCACAGGACAAUGAGCCAGGCGCAGAACGUACUGGGUACACGACGCAACAAACACCUACCACGACUCUUAUGCACGUUUUCACGCAGACAGGCCACGACGAGCCAACACAUCGGCCACCAACAGCGAAUGCCAACUUCAUUGGCCGCCUUGUCCCCGAGAGAGCACGUCCGAAACACAAGGUGGUAGAGAUCAAUCGUAUUGUCGAGAUUACCUCAAAAGAAGACAAGCUACGGCGCAAAUCAAAGGCGAAUCAUGAGUUCCUCCAGCCGAUCGGCACGUCAAAUAUACGGGUCGAGGAAUUGCCCCAUGUAGAACAGCUGGGCGAAAUCAGCGUUGUGAAGUAUGUCCAUCUAGUCGAUGGCAGUGACAUUUCCAUCGACGGCCACAGCACAGUUACCGAUUACACUCCAACUGAGCCAACGGUCUCAAUGCCCGUAAGAAAUUCGUUGCCCGAGGGCGUACCUUACUAUGUGCCCCAGUAUGCGUACUCUACGGAGAGUGCACAAGCACGAACUACAUUGGAACAGCGGAAUGGUAAAGCACUGGUACCCGAGGUGAUAAGAAGCGCAGUUGAGAGUUCGACAAUAUCCUUGGAAGCCCUAUUCGAUGGCGAACGGCAAGGUAAAGAAUUAAAUUCUGUAAAUAGUGUGUACUACAUAUUCGGAUCAGAUGACAAAAAUUCAACCAGUACCAGUACCAAUACCGCUAACGUGAACGACAGUGAGAACGAAACCCAAAACAUAAAAAUCACAAUUCCAAAUACAGGUACAAGUACGUCUUUACCGACCUUGUUAACGAUGACCACCACUGAGAGUGCUUUGCCCCUUAACCUAAAUAGUGAUAUUGUAAAUAACAUACCUAACGAAGCAUUCCCAAAUUUAGAGUCCACAACGAUUGUAGGCAAUAGCUUUGUUGAGGAGAGCACAACAAACAUACCGCUCAUAUCAAACUCAACCACCAUUGAGGCAACACUUUCCGUAAAUGGUGCCGCAGAUGAUGUUAACAACAAUUUCUUGGAAACGACCACAGUUAAGACCGCAACAACCGAUGAUGGUCCUACUAAUGCAGAUAAUGCGGUUAAGUUAAAUACAUACGUAAGACCCGUUGUCCCUCUACCCCUGUUACGCCCUGAAUCCAAUGAGUCCUCCCCCUUAGUUAUUACAAUAGCUAAUCUUGACAAAGUCAUACUCAGUAAAGUAGAUCGCACCAGUUCAGCCGAAAAUAAAUCAACUACCUACACAGACACAGUCUCGCAAACGAAGACACAAACACUAUUGGGAGAGCCUAGACCCGUAGAUUCGAAUGCGGAGUACUCAAGUCGCUUUGCUUCCAUUAUUGAGGCUCCCACCAAUCUCGUACACGUUGCAGGUGGUAAAGCCAACAACAAAGUUGAGGGUAUGUCUCAGCACGAAGUGCACAGUGUUGGUAGUGGUAGUGGCAAUACUGAUGUAGGUUCUAGUGUUAGUGCGAGUAGUAAUUCGAGUAGCUUAAGUAGUGGCAGCAUAGUGACAGAAGUGAUAAGUUUUAGUACAAAGACGCAUGUUGUGCGAAAGAAGAAAUCUCGUAAACAUAGAGCGCGAAAAUUGGGAAAGUCCAGAAAGCGCCCCACCACCACAGUGCCACCAGUCAUCGCUGCAACUGGAACAACCUCACCGAGAGUAAACAGAGUGGAUGAGGGGUACCUAAGUAGCAGCAGCAGCACAAGCACAACCAAGUCUUCAGCUAAAACGGCGACAACGCCCAGAGUAAGGGUGGUGAAUAUUGCUUAAUAGCGAUGAAGCCUGGAGCUUUCGUUUAGCUUAUUUCAAGAGUUAUUUUUGGAAAAGGGAAGUCGAAUCAAAUAACAGAAAGUAGUAGUAGUUGCCCAUAUCGAUUGAAAAUUGUUGAAGAGGAUCGAAAAGAAAUGAUUAUCUCUAAACAAUAGCGUUUUUUGCUUUAAAUACUCAUUAUAGUUUAUAAAUUUCUAGUCUUACCGUUAUUUUGUCCACAACCAUGACAUAUCGUUAUACAUAUAUGCUGAGGUGUAUUAAUAUGUUAAUAAAUAACUGUAAAUAAAUAUUAAACGUAUCUAUGAAAAAAACCAUUGACUUCGUUUGCUUCUUAACAAUUUUUAUUUGAAACUAAUGGAAGCCUAGCAUUAAUCUCUCUUUCUCUCUCACACACACUAUUUGCUUUACGCUUUCUCUUCCAGCUCACUGUCACUCUCUUCUAGCCAUUUAUUUUUGUUUUCCUUUUAUACCCAAUGCAUAAGGUUGUUAGUGCCACAUAAACUCAGAUCUGAAAUCAGCUGACAAACUAACGGGGUGGCUUCUGAACAAACAUGAGAGAUGAUCACAGUACAUUCAUAAUUUGUUUUCUAAAGAUAUGUCACUUCUACAAUGAAAAAUUACGACAAAAGUAUAAUUUAUUCAUAUGUAUACGGGUAAGAAGUAUCUUCAAACAAAGUUUAGUCUUUAAGGGCCUAAAUUUCACUUCACUUUGACAAAAAACUAUCAAUGCAAACUUUAAACAAACAUUAUUAUAGUCUAAGCUUUUCGAUGGAGCAAACUUUGGUACAAUUAAGAUGGAAGGAAGGAGGAAAAUAUAAAUUGGAUCAUACUUGCAACUUGCAAACGCCUUUCCUAAAUGUUGCCCUAGUCUUUUUGAGAUAAAUGCUCAGAACAUCGACGACCACGAGAGCUUGAACCUUGAACGCGCCCAAACUAAAUAUUUUUAAAACUUAAAAAAAGUUAUUUUAGCGGGAUAUGUUUUGGUAGUCAUUAGGUUAGAAGAAGAAAGAAAUUCCAAAAGCACAUAUGAGAGUUUUAGGUCACAGUAGAUACCUCAGAUUACACUCGAUCAGCGACGACCAGAGAGAACAUUCACUCUAUAAGCUCCCAUAUAAAAUCGCGAUAAAUCUUAAAAAAAAUACUCCUUCGAAAUAUUUUGAUAGUGACUGAUCUACUACUUUAAUCUCAAGCAAUUCUAACAAACCCCAUUCCCGUUCUCUUCCACUGGUAAUUUAUCUGAAGUCUUUAAACCUCAGAAAUUUUAAAGAUUCCCCUCCCCCCAUAGAGGGGUACUAAAGCGGAAAAUGAGUGUGAGGGAAUUUGGAAAACCCUCAAUCUAACUAUGCAUUGGAUAUAAAGAGUAACACCUGAACAUUAAUAUAUUUUUUUUUCUUAUUUUUUGACCAUAACCUCAUUAUGCCUGACUAUCGUCGUAAAAUUUAGCUGAUACCGAUUCCAGUUUUGAAUUUUUUGUAGCGGUUAUUUAUGAGUAAGCUGUUUUUCAUGGCAGAAAUACACUCGGAGGUUUGCCAUUGCCUGCCGAGGGGCGACCGCUAUUACUUAGCCUUUUUUUUUGAUGCUGGGUUGAACUGGGCGUGAACCCAGCCUAUGCGGAAGGGUGGCGCGCACUAUUAACCACUACACUACAACGGCCUCUUCUCAUAAAAAUACAAUCGCCGUUCGGAGUCGGCGUAAACUGUAGGUCCCUCCCCCUUUUUUUUUGUGUGACAACAUCAAGGCGCACACCACAAAUCGGAGGAGAAGCUCGGCCAAACACUACCAUAUGUGAAAGCGCCAUUCAAUUAUUUACUUAUAAGUAAAUAAAUUAGUUACUUAUCCACACAACGGCUUUUUUACUCUGAGGAAUCGUUAGUGUUCAUGUUCUUCACAUAAA